CUUGGGAAAAAACACAAAAUCUAAUCAAUCAAAUAUAAAGAAAAAGGAGUGAUGAAGAUAAUAUUAUUGUUACUCUCAUCUGCCAUUUUCCAUAUUGCAUCGUCUUGGACCGACGGACUAUUGCCAAAUGGUAACUUCGAAAAUGGCCCAAAGAGAUCAGAAAUGAAGGGCACAAGGGUAAUUAACUCCCGCAGCAUACCCUUUUGGGAAACAACCGGUUUCGUGGAGUACAUAAAAUCCACGCAAAAGCAAGGCGAUAUGCAGCUGGUGGUGCCGGAGGGCAACUCCGCCGUCCGCCUCGGCGACGGCGCCGCCGUGAAGACCAAGGUCAAGGUCACGAACGGGAAGUUCUACUCGGUGUCUUUUAGCGCGUCGAGAACUUGCGCGCAGGAGGAGAAACUGAAUAUCUCGGCUUCCCCGAAUUCGGAGCCGAAAGAUUGGGGAAUGUUGCCAAUCCAAACGGUGUAUAGCAGCGAUGGAUGGGAUUCGUAUUGUUGGGGAUUUUUGGCGCAGUCGGACGAGAUUGAGAUCGCGAUCCACAACCCGGGUGUCGAGAAAGACCCGGCUUGCGGCCCGCUUAUUGACUCGGUUGCACUCAAGGCCUUGCACACACCAAGAAGACCAAGAGGUAAUAUGUUGAAGAAUGGGAACUUCGAGGCGGGUCCAUACAUCUUCCCGAACACGAAAUGGGGUGUCCUAAUUCCUCCAAACAUCGAAGACGACCACUCCCCGUUACCCGGGUGGAUGAUUGAAUCCCUCAAAGCCGUAAAGUACAUAGAUUCCGAUAAUUUUAGGGUUCCCGAGGGCAAACGGGCAGUCGAGCUUGUGGGUGGACGAGAAAGUGUAGUAGCACAAGUAGUCAGAACAGAGCCCGAGAAAGUCUACGAUCUCGUAUUCUCGGUCGGUGAUUCUAAUAACAAAUGUGAAGGGUCGAUGAUGGUUGUGGCAUAUGCGGGUGUAGACAUUCUUCAAGUGCCUUACGAAUCGAAAGGUCACGGUGGGUUUAAGAGUGCUAGAAUGAGAUUCAAAGCUACAUCGACCCGUACUAGGAUUAGGUUUUCGAGCGAAUAUUAUCACAUGAAGAGUGAUAACUCCGGUUCUUUGUGUGGUCCCGUGGUUGAUGAUGUUAGGUUAGUCCGUAUUCGUUAUCCGAGUAGGGUAUAAUCGCGUGUUGGCGAUCUUAUCUUUUAUAUUCGAGCGAUUUAUUUGAUAAAUUUAUCCAAAUUGAGGGGUUUUUUGUUUGUUA